AUGUUGGGUGCGUGCGCGGCUCUCACAGCGGCUCUUCUCCUCCUCCAGGGCGCUCCUCUGGAAGUGCUGGAUGAAGACGCGUCAUCUCUGCAGGCCAUGACUUCUGCGCCUCUCCCGGACAGGACCGUGUGCGCCAACUGCGGGGAGGAAAUAGUGGAUAAAUAUUUGCUCAAGGUGAAUGACUUGUGCUGGCAUGUGCGCUGUCUGUCCUGCAGCGUGUGCCAGGCUUCACUUGGCAGCCACAGCAGCUGCUACAUCAAAGAGAAAGAGGUCUUCUGUAAACUGGAUUACUUCAGAAGGUUCGGUACGUGGUGCGCCUGCUGCGGCCGAAGCAUCCACGCCACAGACUGGGUCCGACGCGCCAAGGGGAGCGUGUACCACUUGGCCUGCUUCGCCUGUUUCUCCUGCAAACGGCAGCUGUCCACGGGAGAGGAGUUCGCGCUGGUGGAGGAGAAGGUGCUGUGCCGCGCUCAUUAUGACUACAUGAUGGAGAACCUGAAGCGCGCUGUGGAGAAAGGAAGCAGUGUGAACAUGGAGGGAGCAGUGCCGACUGAACAAGAGCUAAACCAACCCAAACCCUCCAAAAGGGCACGCACAAGCUUCACUGCAGACCAGCUGCAGGUGAUGCAGGCCCAGUUUGCUCAGGACAAUAACCCGGAUGCUCAGACGCUGCAGAAGCUGGCGGAGCAGACCGGCCUCAGCAGAAGAGUCAUACAGGUGUGGUUCCAGAAUUGCCGAGCGCGCCACAAAAAGCACGUCAGCCCGAACCACUCCUCAAACAGCGUACUGACCUCAUUGUCCGGCCACCUGUCCCAGCCUACCCCCACCCCAGAGGAGCUGCAGUACACAGCCUACGGAGGCCCGGAGGGGUCCAUGAUCUCAGCGCUGCACUCCUUCAUAGACAUCCACUCCCCUCCGUCCAUGUUCCAACCUCUGCUGCCGGUGCACGCCAUGACCUCUCUGCCUGUGUCCCACGCCUGA